CCCGGGAUCAAUAAUUCAGAAUCCCAAACCCCUGGAAAUUACUGUACAGAAACGUUAUUGUCAAAAUUGUACGUUGUAUAAUCGUACGUUGAAUAUUGUGAGCAGAGCGAAAGGAUAUUCAAAAUGCGCUUUGAUCUGAAGGAAUUGCUCCUGGUUUCCAUGUCCACCAGUCCCAAUGCAGUCAUAAGUCGGCACAAGAGAUUCAAGUUCGGCAGAGUGAGCUACCUGGUGCACUAUGAGCUGCAGAACGGAAAACUGAUGAUCCGCCAGGUGAAGAGGAUUCGACGCACUCCCUCCUUGAGCAGUCGCCUGCAAAAGCGUCGUCGUCUUCUGAAGCGGAUGUCGCAUGGAGGGAGUGCACCCACAGUGGUCGUCCAACCACCACGGCAAGAUGGGUGCACUCAAACCCUGCUGCAUCGCAGCAGCUCCAGGCAACUCAUGGGCAUGGAGGUGGUGAUGGAAAGCACUGCCAGCCAAACGCAGCGCCAGGAGAGGCUCAGCAGCCAGGUGGACACCUCGGACUUGGUCAGCACCAUCUGCAGAGAUGCACAGACCCAUGAUCCCGCCCAGCAAGUCACGAGCAUAGCAGUGGGCACAGAAGUCGAGCUGGACAGCAGGGCCAGCCAAUCGCAGAACCAAAAGUGCACUUCCAGUCAUGUGGACACCUCCGAUUUGUUCGUAACCGUUGCCAGGGAUCAGCAGACCUUCAAUCCCGGCUACGCGACCUUUGCCAGUCAAACGGAUACACACGACCUGCAUUGCAACACCACCCAGACGGAUUUUGGCACCAAGCCGAACAGCACGCAGACCAAGCUGCUCAACGCCUGCCUGGGCACCCAAACGAUGCUUCACUGUACCAAUGCCGCUGUACAAACCAAGAGACACAGCCGGCACAUAAGUACGCAGACCAUCGACGACGAGGAGGAGCUCAUCAAGCCCCACACUCAGGCCCUGUAUCUCAUCCACGAAUCCAUCAAGAACCAGAGCAACCUCAUCCAGAAUGAGGUGCUGGAAGCCGUCAAUCAACUGGUGGAUAUCAGCCUGCUGCAAGUGAGGCAAAUACGAAUGGAGCUGGACCUGCCCAGAGAGGCGUCCUUGGAGCCAAUGACACCCAUCCCGUCCAGCCAGCUCGGGGAUAAUCAGCCGAGGGAGACUUUCCCAGCGGAGCCCAAGAAAGACUCACUCAAGUUGGAGCCCAAAUGCAGGAUUGCAAGAGUCGCCAAGGACAAGAGGAGUUCCAUGCGCUCCUCGUGGAACUGUACGCUGAGGUGCAAGGGCUGUGGUCUGCACAUGCACCGCACCAGGCAGCGGGUGGCCAGCGGCAACCGAGAAACCCAGACGGAAGUGGAGGAGGUGGUCAGGAUCGAAGUGGCCACGCAGACGGAAAGGGGGCGAGCACGCUGGGGCAUAUCGCGCAGCUAGAGAGGAUGCCCACGGUCCUGGGAACUUACCCCAGCAGCCAGGCCGCCGUUCUCAUCCAGCUUGGACUCAUGUUGAUGAACUGGUGCUUUCUGAUUGACACUUUUAGCAUGUGGCAAGCGACGCUUUCAAGUAAACGCAGUCGAAUCACA